GCAACAGUCCAUCAUAAUCAAAUCACAUCCAAAACAUUACCGCGAAACAAGGAACAACCUACUCUCUCUCUCUCUCUCUCUUGUCCCUUUUCCAAUUCCAAUCUUUUCUCAAUUCUCUUCAAACUUCAAACCACACUCUCCCUCUGUCCCUUAAUUUCCUCAACCAACACACUCCUUCAUACACUUCAAACCACUUCAUUGCUACUAAAGAUCUUUCCUUUAUUGUUUUUUAUUACCACCCUUUUUAUCGUUCAACAUUAAAGAUCUGAUUUUUUUAAAUACUGAUAGAGAAUUCACCCACCCUUUAACGUUUUUAUCCAAGUUGUAGAAGAAAGUUUGAAUUUUUAGCAAGUUUUUUUUUGUGGGGUUGUUGAAAUGGAAGCAAGGGUGAAAAAGUAUAGGCAGCAAUUGAGUCCUGAGAGGUCUAAAGUAUGGAAGGAGAAGCCCCCUAAGUAUUACAAGAACAGAAAGGUUCCUGUUGUUUACUAUCUUUGCAGGAAUAGACAGCUUGAACAUCCUCAUUUCAUGGAGGUUCCUAUAAAAUCCCCUGAUGGUUUGUUUUUGAGAGAUGUGAUUGAUAAACUUGAUGCUUUGAGAGGUAGAGGCAUGGCUGAUUUGUAUUCAUGGUCUUGUAAGAGAAGCUACAAGAAUGGAUAUGUGUGGCAUGAUCUUAGUGAAGAUGAUAUAAUUCUACCUGCACAUGGUAAUGAGUAUGUCCUGAAAGGCUCCGAGUUAUUUUGCGAAUCGAAUUCAGACCGGUUUAGUCCCAUUAGCAAUGUGAAAUUACAGAGUUUAAAGCGGUUGCCGGAGCCAGUUUCAUGUAGGAGCCAUGACGAGGCUUCUUCUUCCUCUUCAAGUAUGAAUGAAAGAGAAGGUAGAAACUCUCAAGAAGACGAGAUUUCUCCAAGAGAGCGUCAUACCGGUUCCACCGAUGUUUCUCCGGAGUCUAGUGACGGAAAGAGUGAUUGUCAAAGUUUACCGUUGACUGAAUAUAAAAUCUACAAAGCCGAUGGAUUAUCCGAUGCUUCAACUCAAACUGAAGAACGUGUUAGCAGACCUCAAAAACAGAAAACGUGUACUAGAGGUGUAUCGACCGAGGAUACAUCAUUAGAAUCUGACUGUAAUGAAAUAUGUGAAAUCCAACCGCCACAAGUGAAAGAUGAUUCAGAAAUCCGUACUGAUGUUGUUUUUCCUCCACUCUCGAAUUCGAGCCCGUCGUCUUCUGCAGGGAAGACCGAAACUUUGGAAUCCCUUAUUCGAGCCGAUGCAAGUAGAAUGAACAGCUUUAGGAUCCUAGAAGAGGAAGGUAUGCAAAUGCAAACCACUACAAGGCUGAAAGCCUCAAGUUUGCUGAUGCAACUGAUCUCUUGCGGGUCGAUAUCCGUGAAAAACCAUAGUCUUGACCUUAUUCCUUCCUAUAAGGCUAGAUUUUCGCAUUCGAAAUUCCCCUCUCCCUUAUUCUCAAACUCUGUCAUGUUGGGGGAGUUAGACUGCAUGGCAGGGAAUCCAAAGGUGACAAGCUUUAGAAUGGAAGACAAAGAGUAUUUUAGUGGGAGCUUAGUCGAGUCCAAAUUGGCGAAGGAAGAAGAUGAACAUCAUGUUCUCAAACGCUCUUCUUCUUUCAACGCUGAGAGGACAAGUAAAGAGUUGGAAUCACAGGACAUGGAGGAUUCAUCCUCCUCUAGAAAUUCAAAAUGCAAUUCGCGUCCGGUCAAGGCUUCUUCGACGACCAUAAGAUCUCCUAUUUCUGACGGAUCAAGAAACUCGGCAGAUAGAACUAAUGACUCGUCCGUAAUGCCAGCACCAUCAAAUGGUGGCUGCAAAAACAUCACUAGACCUUCAUCAGAGAAAAAACAAUCUACGAAGAUAAACUCAUUUAGAGAAGAGAAGGUGAUCAAAAUCGAAGAAAGGCUUUCUUCGGGAGCUCGGGUUAUAAUCCAAUCUAAACCAUCUUCCAACAAAAUACCUUAUUAUAGUAUCUCUUAGAGGUUUUGCAACUAGCAAAAAGCAAAACUUGCUAGUUUUUUUGCUUUUGGUGAAAUAGAACAUUUUGGUGUGUGUGUGGUUCACAUGAUAUAUAUUCCAUAAUCUAGAAAUUGAAAAUGUUGUGACAUGUUACUCACUGCAAAGAGGAGUAAAAGUGCAAGUGUGGUCCCAAAUGGGCUAGAACUCUUUUGUGUAAAUCUUGUAUGCUUGUUAUAUGAAGUGUAAUUUGAAAUGAAGUGAUGGCACAAUUCUUUUAUGUA